GCCAACGGGAAAGCAACAGAAGAGAGCGAUGACGUCACAACAGAAGACUCUCCUGUUAUCACCCGCGUCGCUGCGUCCGUCGCCAACAGCGGGGAAGCGGAGGCGGCGAAGGAAGGGCGAAGAGCAGGCGGUGAUAACGGAGAGGGAGAGGACGUAGCCGACGAUGACGAGGAUGCGGAGUUGGUGGCGGCCGGACGGGAGGAGGCGGAGUCCCAGGAGUCCCUGUCCGCUGCCGCCCGUCUGCCGAAGGCCCAGGCGCUGCAAGGCGUCCACCAGGGCCUCCCUCAGGGUAGCAGCGGGCGCCAAGUGCAGCCCGCGGGUACCCAGGUGGGCAGCCAGGUGAGCAGCCAGGUGGGCAGCCAGGUGGGGACGCAGGUGGGGACGCAGGGGAGCUUCCAGACAGCGCAGACGAUCCAGAGCCUCAACUUCGGCAGGAUCCCGACCUCGUGCGCGCUCUGCUCCCGCGAGAGGAACUUGUGCAGGAUCAUCUCGGGAAUCUUCACCCGGCCGCGCCUUCCCUACGGCUACUCCCUCGUCACUCCCAUUCCCGCGGGAGUGUGCAACGUCACCAUCACAGAGAUGAAGCCGUCAAAGAACUUCUUCGCCCUUCGACGCACCGACGGCACCUACGUCCUCAACGGCAACUGGGACAUCCAGGCAGCGGGACAGUACCAAGCAGGCGGGACAGUUUUCACCUACACGCCGUCAGAUAAUGAUAGCGGGGAACAGCUCGCUGCGCCAGGGCCUCUUAGGGAGUCGAUUGAACUCAUGCUGAUCUCUCAGAGUCCCAACCCCGGCAUCAAAUACGAGUACCGUGUCCCUCUCUCGGAGUACUUGGGCGGGGGCACGGGCGGCCGCACUCCCUCAUCGGGCGGCCUCGUACCCAACAUGGGCGGGAAGGUCGGGCCGGCGUCGACCGGGGUCGGCUCCACGCAGGGCAGGGGCCUGGCCAUCGGGGGCGGGAAUAUUCCUCCGGGGCAAGUGACGCCGUUCCAGGGGAACCCGAGCGUCGGGGGCGCUGGCGGCAUCAGGACUCCUGCCGGCGGCGGGGCGGUCAAGCCGAACCUGGUCCCGCGCGUGCCGGGGCUCCUGCCCUACGGCCCCUCCAACCCCAACAUCGCCAACGGGGGCAUCUUGCCUCUCACGCCCGUCAUCGCCCCGAUUAACCCCGGGGGCGCUCAUGGCACCUUCACUCCCUCCGGCAGCGUGCCCUUCAAGCCCCUCAGCCCCCAGGGAGGGGUGGGCAGGACGGGGGCGGGGACACCGCCGAUAAACCCCGCCUACGUGGGGAGCCAACCACGGCUCCCGACCCUGGAUUCCAGCGGGGGUGUCGCAUCCAGGGGCACUAUUCCAGGGAUCGCUGGCGUCCCGUCACGAGGACAACCCCUAACCCCUAUAGGGACCCCCGGCCAAGGGUCUGGGAACCUCCCCCUCCCCUGGAAUCCCCCGUACACGUCCCAGGACGGCGGCCGCGGACUUCCCUUAGGGACGCCCUUCCAGUUCCCAGGGAGCCCCGGAGGCUCUGGCGUGACCACCGGCUCAGGCUUCCCCGGCCCGAGGCUGCCUGUCCCCUCGCGGCCCGACGGCGGCAGCCUCGAGACCGCCGGCGCGCCCAGGACGGGCUUCCCGCCGGAGUUCCCCAAGAACAGCGUCCCCCUCCGCCCCGUGGCCGUCGCGCGCCCCGGCUCGCCAGGGGCGCGGAGGCCGCCCACCGCGGACGGCGCCGCCUCGAAUACGCACAGGACACGACAUCAACAUGGUACUAAAGGCCGGAGGAAAUCGCCGGGGAAGGAACCGGGCCGCCCGCAGACGCCCUUCGGCCCGGGCGUGCAGCUGACGCAGCCCAACGUGCUUCCGUCCUCGCCGUCUGCGCCUCAAGCCCCCAAUGUGACGACGACACCCGGGCGGCGCAGCAAGAACGGGCGGCGCCGGCAGAAGGUCGAGGGCGCGAGCGGCGAGAGCAGAAGGCGGAAGGGGAGGAAGAGGUCUCGCUUCCAGUGGGCGGAGAAGGGGUUCACGCCCUGCUCCAGGGAGUGCGGGGGAGGCAACCAGACCACCAUCCUGUCGUGCGAGAGGAGGAGGAAGAACAGCGUCGUCGCGGACCGUCACUGCGCCCACCUGCCACGCCCGGAGACCCACACCAUCAUGUGCAACCUGAAGCCUUGCCCCGCCACGUGGAUGCCCGGCGAGUGGGGUCCCUGCAGCGUCUCCUGCGGGAUCGGCGUCCAGACUCGCCCCCUCCUGUGCAAGCAGCAGGUGUCUCCGAACUUCAUCAUGAUGGUUCCCGAAGGCGCGUGUCUCACCCCGCCCACCGUGUCCACUUCGCAGGUGUGCGAGAUGGGGCGGUGCCCGAGUGCCAGCCCGGAGUGGGAUGCCAGCGCCUGGUCCAACUGCUCGGCGCCCUGUGGUCUGGGCAAGCGCUUCCGGCUGGUGAAGUGCGUUGCCUCGGGCGUGCAGGUCCAGGACGGAGAGUGCGAGGGCGCGAGCAGACCCCAGGCGGAGGAAGUGUGUGACAUGGGGUCCUGCGCCACGAGUACCUGGUUCUUCUCGGAGUGGGCGCAGCAGUGCUCGGAGCUUUGCGGCACGGGCGUGCAGAAGAGGCGCGUCCACUGCCUCAGCGCCACGGAGUCCUCGCAAGGAACCUGCCCGGCGGAGGCGCGCCCCGCCGCCACCAGGCCCUGCAGGGGGGAGGGCGGCUGCGGCGGACAGUGGUUCACGGGCCCCUGGGGCGACUGCAGCGAGGAGUGCGGCCCCGGCACGCAGACGAGGUCGGUCGUGUGCGUGACGCUCGCCAAGGGCCUGUGGAAGAUCGCCAAGGACAACCGAUGCCCGUUGCAGGCGCGGCCGCAGGACAACAGGGACUGCAACGCCCGCCCGUGCACGCCCGAGUGGUUCACGUCGGAGUGGUCGGAGUGCUCGGCCUCGUGCGAAGGCGGAGUCAUGCGGCGCGAGGUGACCUGCCUUGACCCCGGCCGCCGCCCCUCCGCCGAGUGCCAGAACGCCACCAAGCCGCCCUCGCGCCAGCCGUGCCACCUGUACUCCUGCGACGCCAUCCCGGCCACGACUUCGGCUUCGGUUCCGUCUUCUACUGCGUUCAUCGUGCCGAGACCGCCGAACGCAGAGAGCGACGAGGAAGCGACAACGGCCCGCCCUCUGGAGACCGAAGGCGACCCGACGACCGAAGAAAAUCCUGCAGGAGUAGAGGACGACCGAGAAGAGGACGCCGACGAGAGAGGCGUGGAAGAGGGAACGGAGAGAACGGGGGAGAUUUACGAAGGAGAGGAAGAAGGCGAGGAGGAGAACGAGCUGGUGGUGGUCGAGGAAACGGGCAGCAUCACCAACGUCAUCCCCGACAAGGACGCGCAGGGGGACGAGUCGGUGUCGGAAGGCGGCGACGAGGACGGCCCGAGGGAGGAGGAGGAAGAGGCCGAGGAAAAGGAGAAGAGGAAGAGGAAGAGGAAGAAGGAGAAGAAGAAGAACCGGCAGAACAAGGACGAGGAGCAGGAAUCCCCUUCGCAGACGCAGCCGGCGACCGUGGCGCCAUCUCUGUCGUGCAUAGACCGGAUCAAGAACUGUCACCUGGUCUUCCGGGCUCGUCUCUGCAGGCUGAAGUACUACAACAGGUUAUGCUGCCGUACGUGUAGUGCCGCCAGGUGAACGGGGUGUGAACGACGAAGGCACUGUAAGCAUUAUGGAGCGGGAGACACACCUACCUAAGAAAUGCUGAUAAUGGUGAUACAGGAGAAGGUGUCAGAGGCGGGAGAAAGGACGGUGUUUGGAGAAAGCAAGAUGGGUGAUUGGAUCCUGCUUGUGUACCGGUGAUUUUUUUUUUUUUUCGUUUUCUGUUUUUGGCGUGGAAGGAAUAUCAUGGAGAGAAAGAAAAAAAAACAAGAUAGAAAUUGUUCUUGUGGACUUUAAUUAUAAGUUAAAUCGAUGUGUCACUUAUGGAAACGUUGAUUUAUGUCAUGAUACACUUGUGAUGGGUUUCCUUGUGACAGUGUUGGUGAAUUCUGAAAAUAUAAGUAGCAAUUCCAGAAAGAAGUUAUUUUAAUUAUGUAUGGAUUUGCGAAUGUCACGAAUGUACGUAAAAAAUCUAGAGGAGGUACUUUUGAUAAUGAUACCAAAAAGUAAACAAAAGGAGGCUAUGCAUUACUAUUUAGCAGCCGAUUUUACGUAUAAAGAAAACGUUUCGUGGAGCGCAUAAAAGAAAACGGACGUGCGAAGACAAGACCAUAUUCAGGGAAAACUCAAACAAAUGUGUUGAGCCUCAAAACCCAGUGAAAUGUGAGGUACACGUGAUGUGUUGACUCUCUUAGACAUUGCAUAGCGUUAGAGGAAAAUAUAUAUGUGUGCAAGAAAGGUUAAUGAACAUUGGUAUAUAGGUAAGGAAGUCUCUAAUAAAGUAGAGACGAAGAUUACGGUGAAUAUAGUGGGACGUUGAUGAAAAGAAAAAGGCAUUAACCCCACAGGUAAUAUUAGGUAGUAAUAUCUUUAUCUUUAAUGGACCAGAUAGUGAUAGUAAUAAUGACUGACAUUUUGAUGGUGCUACGUCUAACUUGACUUCCCUCUUCCUCAAACAAAUUAUCCAAAUGUUCUUUUAUUUCUCAUCCUUAUCCGUAGACACACCUAUCCUUCUUUACAUCACUAUUCAUCUUGUUUGAUUUAUUUCUUCCAUUCAGUUCAUGAAAAAGUCUUCCAAACUGCAACGUGUAAGUUGGACGACCAAGUUUCAAAAAGAUCCGAUUCCUUUCUCCGGACGAAGGAAAGCAUUUCAGCCAAAGGUAUCGAUGGAAAUGCCUGCUGUCGGAACCUGGUCUCUCUCUCUCCGCGCACGAUCUCCCUCCUCCUGUUCUGCAAGAUGUGAUGCCUUUCCCAGCACCAUUUACCUCUCUAUUACCACACUGCCCGAAUCUCUAGUUAAUGUUUUCUCUCUCUCACAGAUAGUUUAAGUUCAUUUCAUUUCAUCUGAUCGUUAGCGUAGAUAUACACACUUUGUGCAUACGCUCUCAUAGCAACAUACUUGUUUAUACACAGUACAGUCGUUGUCACAGACUCUGGCUCAGGAUGCAGAGCGAAGACGGGAUAAAACUCACUCAAACCUUGAGUGGAUCGUCUCUGGGCUACCUUAAUUUGUGCUCUUUCGUAAUAUCCGUUAUUAUGAUAUUCCAAAAUCGAUCGCGCCAGAGCCAGUGACACUGCCUAAUAGACACUCAAAGGCGUGUACAUUCUCCCGUAUAGACACAUACCUCCGCAAACGCACUCGCCUUCCAGGGCACGCGCCACUGUGUAGUUGUAAAAGAAACCCGCGUCAUGGCAGUGGGCACCUCGUGAAUCAUGGCUAAAAGUGGGAAAAGAUCAUUCAGUUGUCCUUUUUCCUUUCUCGCCGAGGCUGUCCAUAGAAAAGCAACGUAGGCUGUUGAUGCUUUCGACGCCAUGUUGCCGAGAUCGUGACUCAAAGGGAAAUUGUCAACAUAUUCUCACUCAUUUCCUCUUUCUCCCUCUCUUGUUGUCCCUUUAAUAUAAUUAUCUUUCCCUUCAUCCACUCUCUUCAUAUAGACUAUGAUGUAUUAUUCUCCUCUCUAUAAUCUCGUUCCCUUAUCUGCGCCUCCAGUUCUUUGUCUGGUCACGUGUCAUAAGCAUGUCUUAGGUCAGUCUAGGUCACAUACUGCGACUGAAUUAGUGUUUCAGUGUACAGCUUCCCCUGUACGUCGUUGUAGCUCACUAUAAGUCAGGUGUACACUCUUGUACUUCUUCAUCAGACCGAACACUAUAUAGAUGAUCUGCAUCGUCUUGUAUAAGAUUUUUUUUCACUGUUUACGGUUCACUGUUGAUGUUGAUGACGUCAGUAAGGAAGACGAUGACGUAAUCACUGCUGCGGUGGCGGGUUUGAGGUCAAAGGUCACAGGGACACGAGUACAUGUAGACAAGGUUGUCCAUAUGUUUAUAUUUCCUUAAUUUUAGACUCUAAGUUUAUUUGAUAUUGUUAUAGAUUUAUUUUCUGUUUAGACAUAACCCUCUUUUUUCAUUAGCUGAGCCGGUCUCUUUGUUACGCUUCUUUCUUAUAUACACUCUGGUAUACUCGAAUUUGGAAAGGCCAGAUACGAUCUCUCGUUUUUUUCUAUUCUUGUUUUCAUGUAUUUCUUUAGGGUUAUUCACCUAUUUGUUUGUCUCAAUCCUUCUCUGUGUUCGACAUCUCUAUACCUGUUGGAUCUGAAUUUUCGUUUCGUUUUCGUAUUUCUAAAAAGGCAGUUCUUGGGGAAUGGUUUGUGUGCCAGACCCGUUACGCAAAGCCUGAAUUUUAUUCUAUUUAUUUUCUUUUUUAUCUGUUUAUGUAUUACUACUAUAUUUUUUAUUUGUUUGACAAGAUAUCCUUCAUAACUUCUCUUUUGUUAUGACUGACGUUAAAAAUGUAAUUUCUGUGCAUUUAACACGGUUCUAAAUAUUAUUUAAGUAUAAAUUUCAGAUAUAUUGAUAUAUAUUGCUUAGUCGAUAAGAGAAAGACGAUAUAUUAUCGUCUUUCUUUUAUCGACGAAGCAAAUUUCUGAUAUGGAAAAUGUUACAAAUUAUAGACUAUACAUAAACUAAGCUACACUUUAUGGACUUCAGCAAUUUACUUUGUCUAUACCCAUGACGACUGUUCUGUCUGUGGAAUUUAUCUUUUAUCAUGUUUUUUUUUCUCUUCUUCUUCUUCUCUUCUUUUUAACAAAUGGUGUCUUGUAUUUCGUUGUCCAUGCAAAAAGGAGUUAAUGAUACUUGUCCUGUAAACCUCUUGAUAUAUUUACUGUUGAUGUUUAUAAAUGUCUUAAGUUCCCAUCUAGAACAUUUUUUAAUGAAAAGCCCGUGAAACCUUUGUAAUAUAUAUGUAUAUUCAUUCUCUUUGAACAUUUUUUUUACUCCUAAAUGUUCCGAAACUCUUUGUAAUAUUUUUAAAAAUCUUAAAUAUCCUGAAAUAUCCGACACAAUUUAAUUCUUCCGAAUCACUCUUAAAACUACCUUGAUAUAUGUUUAUUGUCGUGAAAAAUUUCAUGACCCUUGACCUUGUAAAGUUACUGACCUCUGGCUUGUCAUCGCCGCUUGUCCCUUGCAAAGGUCUCUCCUUGUGCCAUACGCUGUACAUAGGCAUCUACAUGUUCAUUAAAUAAUAAUAAAUUAACUUAUA